AUGGGCAAUGAAUCAUCAGUUCAAAGCAUUGAAGACAGACAAUCUGUAAAAACAAAUGAUGAUGAAAAUAAAGAAAGUAUAACACUUAUUUGGUUUGAUCCAAAUAUUGGAUCGAACGAAGAUCCUAAAAAACUAAAACAAACAUUGCGUCAUAUAAAUGAUUAUGUCAUUUUUGCUAGUGAUCGUGAGCAAUGUAUUACAUUUAUUGAAUCAAUUCAUCAAGAAAGAAUUUUUUUAAUUACUUCAAGAUCAAAGGCAUUACAAAUUUUACCUCGAGUUUCUUCGCUCCGUCAAAUUGAUUCAAUUUUUAUAUUUUCUAUGGAAAAAAGUCAAGAUGAUUAUUUAUUAAAUAAUUAUUCAAAAAUUAUUGGAAUUUAUAUUAAUCUUGAUGAUUUAUGUAGAGUAAUAAAAGAACAAAUUAAUCUUGUUGAUAGACAAAUACAAACUUUUUCAUUUUUUGAUCAAUAUCAAAAAUUAACUGAAGAUUUAUCCAAAGAUUCAACGGAAUUCAUUUGGUUUCAAUUAUUUAAUUAUAUACUCUCUACUCUGUUACGAGAUCAACAAGCUAAACAACAAAUGAUUCAAAUAUGUAAAGAUUAUUAUCAUGGAAAUAGAAAAGAAAUAGAAUUAAUUCAUCAAUUUGAGCAAAACUAUCGAUCUAAAGAUGCACUUCUUUGGUAUUCAAAACGAUCAUUUAUUUAUAAAUUAAUUAAUAAAGCUUUACGAACUAAAGAUAUUGAUUUAUUACAUAAACUUCGAUUUUUUAUUCGAGAUCUUUCUGAAAAUCUUCAACGUGAACAUGAAAAAAUUUUAUUUUCAAACGAAACAACUUUAAAUGUUUAUCGAGGAAUUAAACUUAGCAAAGAAGAAUUUGAUAAAAUAAAACAAAAUCAAGGAAAACUUAUUUCAACAAAUGGAUAUUUCUCAACUAGUCGACUAAAAUCAUUUGCAUCAAAUUUUGCACAAAAAUCAACAAAAAGAACAACUGAUCGUGUUUCUAUUCUUUUUCAUAUUCAAUGUGAUAUUAAACAUAUUGAUAAAAAUAUAACUUUUGUUGAUAUUGAUCAAUAUAGUGAUUAUCCAUAUGAACAAGAAGUUUUAUUUGAUUUAAAUACUUGUUUUCAAAUUGAAUCUAUACAAGAAAAUGAAUCAAUACAAAUAAUUAAAAUGAAUCUUUCAAAUGAAGGACAAAAAAUGACUAAAGAUUACAUUGAAUUAAUACAAAAAGAAACAGAAGGAAUGAAUAUUUCAAUUAUUUUUGGAAGAUUAUUAAAUGAUUUAGGUGAAUAUGAUAAAUCACAAAAAUAUUUUCAACAAUUAUUAUGCAAUAAUACUCGAAAUGAGGAUCAUGCUUGGAUUGAAUUUAAUAUUGGUGAAGCUCUUUAUUGUAAAGGUGAAUGGAAUCUAGCUCGAGAAUAUUAUGAUUAUGCAUAUGAUCGAAUGAUGAAGAGUAAACCAGCACGAAUAAAAGGUUCUGCUCGUGUUCUCAAUAAUAUUGGUACUAUUCUUGAUAAUGAAGGAAAAUAUGAUGAAGCUCUCGAUUAUUAUCAACGAUCAUUAAAACUUAUCGAGGAAUUUUAUCCAUUUUGUCAUGCCGAUAUUGUUACAAGUCUCGAAAAUAUUGGUCUAGUUUUCUGUAAACAAGAAAAAUAUGAUCAAGCUCUUGAUUAUCAUAAACAAGCAUUAGAAAUUCAACAGAAACUUUAUUCAUCUAUUCAUAUCAACGUUGCUACAAGCCUCAAUUACAUUAGUAUCAUUCUUCGUAAUCAACAAAAAUAUGAUGAAGCUCUGAAUUAUAAUCAACAAGCAUUAAAAACUCAACAGAUACUUUAUCCAUUUGGUCAUGUGAAAAUAGCUUAUAGCUUCAAUAACAUUGGUACUAUUCUUUAUGAUCAAGAAAAGUAUAAUGAAGCAUUCGAUUAUUUUCAGCAAGCAUUGAAAAUUCUGGAGAAAUUUUAUCCAUCUAGUCAUGAGACCAUUGCUACAAAUCUCAAUAACAUUGGUAUGGUUCUUCGUAAUCAAAGAAAAUACGAUGAAGCUCUAAAUUAUCAUCAAAAAGUAUUGGCAAUUCUACAGAAAUUGUAUCCAAUUGGUCAUGAGGAUAUUGUUCAUACCCUUAACAAUAUUGGUGAGAUUCAGUAUUGUAAAGAAAAGUAUGAUGUAGCUCUCUAUUAUUAUCGACAAGCAUUGAAAAUUCAAGAGAAUCUUUAUCCAACUGGUCAUAUUGACCUUGUUGGAAAUUUUAGCAAAAUUGGUGUUAUUCUCAAUAUUCAAGGAAAAUACGCCGAAGCUCUCGAUUAUCAUCGACGCGCAUUCAAACUUCAACAAGAAUUUUAUCCAUUGGGUCAUGUUAAUAUGGCUUAUAACUUCAAACACAUAGGUGAUAUUCAUUUUGAUCAAGAAAAGUACGAUAUAGCUCUGUACUACUAUCAACAAGCAUUAAAAAUUCGUGAAAAAUUCUAUCCAUCAGUUCAUGUAGACAUCGCCUCCAGUUUGAAUAAUAUUGGCCUUUGUUAUGAAAAUCAAAACAAGCAAAAUCUAGCACUUGAAUACUAUCAACGUGCAUUAACUAUUUAUGAAAAAUUUCUUCCUGUUCACGAUUCAAAUCGUCAUAGAACUGAGCAUAGAAUCCUUGAACUAACUAGAAAAGCUUGA